ACAUGCAAUCGUAGUGAGACUAGGCGUUAUGUGAAAUUCGCAUGUAUCGAUUGCCAAUUUCCUAUAGCUCGUUGAGCAAUAAUGUAAAUGACUACAUUUGACCUCGCUCGACAAAGAUGGUUCAGUUUGCACCGAAAGUUGAGUUCAUGAGAACCGUUUCACACGUUUCUUUACCACAUGCGCCCCGCCCGCCCGUCUACACCCCACCCCUCAACUGAAUUUUUCUGCUAUAACAGAGCAUGUUGAACCAUAUUCCCACUACAGUGUCACAACGAAUAUUGCGUUGAAAUCAUGGAUCCGCAAGCUUCAUCACAUACCAAAUCCGACAACAAUACCAUCACCACUUGGUGCUGCCAGUGCUGGUUGUCCACCACCACAAGCGGCGGCGGCGGCUGUGACGGUGGCUGUAGCAGCUCCACUUCGCAAUCGUCACCCGGACCACAACCGAUGGCAACAGCAAAGGCACUGUUAAAACAAGACGAUGGGGACAAGGGAAAAACAAACUGCCUAGAGAGCGCUUCUGAGAGCGAUACGAGCGAUGAAAUGAAAUCUUUUUAUCAAGGAUGUAAAAGCAAGUGGAUAAAAGCGUUCCAGAACAAUACUCUGAUUAAUAGAUGGCGCCUCCCCAUGCCAUUUCACACAUUUAGAGCGGAAGUAGCGAGAUUGUUAAAACGAUUGUAUAUCGAAGGUCACCAUGACGAUUGUCAUAUUUACCUGUUAAUUGUAAUGUGGGACGAUUUAAACGAUGACGUAGAAGAGAUAGUGGGAGAUGCUCAAAUCAACUAUCAAGACUGGAUUGCGUUAUUAGGUGGCGUUACAGCGGAACUAUUUUCACGCGUGGUGUUCAAUACUAAAUCUUUUAAUUAUUUAAUCAAUGUAAUAUUUUGUGUGCUAGGUCCAAACAUAAUAGCUUCCGGUGAUUAUGAAUGUGAACCUAAAUGUAAGAAUGCUCGUACAUAUUAAGGUGAUGAUGCAUUUAUUCCUUGUCAUUGUUUAAUUUUAAAUUGUUAGCUCGCUGCGAAUGUAAAUGUUUUAAUGUACACGUAUUAAUAAUAAAUUCAUAUUACUGAAUA